AUGCUCCGCGCAGCGCACUCGGUCGUCAAGACCCGUCGCGUGCCGCUGUACAAGGCCAGCGGCCACCGCCUCCUCGUGGCGGCGCGCGAGAAGGCGAUGCAAGUCGACCGCCGCCACGUCCCGCGCUUCGAGACGCCCGCCGUGCUCGAGUUCGCCGACGGCUCGCGCUUCCCCGGCGUCUCGUUCGGUGCCCAGAAGUCCAUGGCGGGCGAAGUCGUGUUCACCACGGGCAUGGUCGGCUACCCCGAGGCGCUCACGGACCCGUCGUUCAAGGGCCAGCUCUUGAACAUGACGUUCCCGAUGAUUGGCAACUAUGGCGUCCCGGACACGACGGCGCUGGACGACAUGGGGCUGCACAAGUACAUGGAGUCGGACCGCAUCCACGCCGCGGGCGUGAUCGUGCAGGACUACUCGAGCCAUUACAGCCACUGGAACGCGGCGCAGUCGCUCUCGCAGUGGCUCGAGCGCGAAGGCAUUCCAGGCAUUGCCGGCGUCGACACGCGGGCCAUCACCAAGAAGAUCCGCGCGCACGGCGCCAUGGCGGGCCGCAUCCUUGUGGACGGCUGCGUUGACACGCCGCAUCUCGUGGACGUGAAUGCGACGAACCUCGCGGCCCUCGUGUCGACCAAAGACGUGAUCACGUACGGCAAGGGGAACCCGCUCAAGAUUUUGGCCGUGGACUGCGGCAUCAAGUACAACAUCAUCCGGGAACUCGUAAAGCGCGGCGCGGAAGUCAAGCGCGUGCCCUGGAACCACGACAUUGCGUCGGAGAUGGACUGGUACGACGGGCUCUUUAUCUCGAACGGUCCAGGCGACCCGGCGGUCAUGAAAGAGACGACGGCGCAGCUGCAGAAGGCGCUGGCGCUGCAAGGCGACAAUGUCAAGCCUGUCUUUGGCAUCUGUCUCGGCAACCAGCUGCUCAGUCUUGCGGCGGGGGCAAAGACGUACAAGCUGCCGUACGGCAACCGCGGGCAGAACCAGCCUGUGCACAACCUGAAGACCGGUCGGUGCUACAUCACGGCCCAGAACCACGGCUUUGCCGUGGACGGCAAGACGCUGCCAAGCGAGUGGGAGGAGCUCUUUGUGAACCUCAACGACAGCACGAACGAAGGUAUUAUCCACAAGUCGAAGCCGUACUUCACGGCGCAGUUCCACCCGGAACACGCUGGCGGCCCGACGGACACGCAGUUUCUGUUUGAUACGUUCCUCGACGCCGUGCGCGCCAAAGAGAAAGGACCGAUCAAGAGCUUGGUGCAGCGUCCGCAACUGAAGCGCAUCGAGGUGAAGAAGGUGCUGGUGCUUGGAUCCGGUGGUCUAUCAAUUGGCCAGGCCGGAGAGUUUGACUACUCUGGUUCGCAAGCUAUCAAGGCGCUGAAGGAGGAGAACAUUGAGACGAUCUUGAUCAACCCGAACAUUGCCUCCGUGCAGACGAACAUUGACCGCUCGAGCGAGGCGCAAGCCAGCAACGUGUACUACUUGCCUGUCAACCCAGACUUUGUGGAACAGGUGAUCAAGCGCGAACGCCCCGACGGUAUCCUUAUCUCGAUGGGCGGUCAGACUGCAUUGAACUGUGGUAUGGAGCUCGACAAGCGUGGCGUGUUCAAAAAGUACGGCGUGCAAGUGCUUGGUACGCAAAUCGAAGUGAUCAAUUACACCGAAGAUCGCGAGUUGUUCAACGGCAAGCUGGCGGAGAUCAAUGAGUGCAUUGCUCAAAGUGAAGCUGUCGAGUCGGUGGACGAUGCGGUGAGGGCUGCGUACAAUAUUGGUUUCCCGGUGAUGAUCCGCUCAGCGUUUGCGCUUGGCGGUCUUGGCUCGGGUAUCUGCGACGACGAAGCUCAUUUGCGCACGAUGGCGAAGCAAGCCUUCUCGGGCAGUCCUCAGAUUCUGGUGGAGCGGUCUAUGAAGGGCUGGAAGGAGGUUGAGUAUGAGGUGGUGCGAGACGCCGCCGACAACUGUCUGACCGUCUGCAAUAUGGAGAACUUUGACCCUCUGGGUAUUCACACCGGCGAGUCGAUUGUGAUCGCGCCUUCGCAGACCUUGUCGAACAACGAGUACCACAUGCUGCGUGAGACUGCUUUGAAGGUGGUGCGUCACCUUGGUAUUGUGGGUGAGUGCAACAUCCAGUACGCGCUAAACCCCGAAUCGGAAGAGUACUGUAUCAUCGAGGUGAAUGCGCGUCUGUCGCGUUCAAGUGCUCUAGCGUCGAAGGCGACGGGUUAUCCACUUGCUUUUGUUGCCGCCAAGCUUGCACUAGGCAUGAACCUGCCGGACUUGAAGAACUCUGUGACCAAGAGCACAACUGCUUGCUUUGAGCCUUCGCUCGACUACUGCGUCGCUAAGAUGCCGCGUUGGGACCUGGCCAAGUUCGAGAACGUGAGUACUGAGAUCGGCUCGUCGAUGAAGAGUGUCGGCGAGGUGAUGUCAAUUGCGCGUACAUUUGAGGAAGCGAUUCAGAAGGCAAUUCGUAUGGUAGAGCCUUCUAACGAAGGCUUUGAGCCGCGAUACGACGAGCUAUCGCAUGAGGAGCUAGUGAAGGCUCUAGGCAAGCCCACAGACCGUCGCAUUUACCAAAUCGCGCAAGCGUUGAAAACUGGACAGCUGUCUAUCGAGCAAGUCCACGAGAUCACCAAGAUCGACACUUGGUUCCUUAGCCGUCUGCAGGCCAUUUGCGAUUGCGACGUGAACCUAACGGGCAAGAAGCUAAACGACAUCACGGGUCCUGAGAUCACGGAGGCGAAGAAGCUCGGUUUCUCGGAUCGUCAGCUCGCUCGUAUGUUCAGCUGCUCAGACGACGAGGUGCGCGCGAAGCGUAAGGAGCUUGGCAUUGUUCCGUCAGUGAAGCAGAUUGACACACUCGCGGCAGAGUACCCGGCACAGACUAACUACCUGUACAUGACGUACAAUGGUACGGAGCACGAUGUGCCAGCACUGGAGCCCAAUGAUGGCGUGAUGGUCCUGGGUAGCGGUGCCUACCGCAUCGGUAGCUCCGUCGAGUUCGACUGGUGUGCUGUGAGCUGCAUACGCACCUUGCGCAAGCUUGGUCAACGCGCGGUGAUGCUCAACUACAACCCUGAGACGGUCAGCACGGAUUACGACGAAUGCGACCAGCUGUACUUCGAGGAGCUGUCGAAGGAGCGUGUGAUGGAUGUGAACGACCGCGAGGGCGUUCGGGGUGUCGUGGUGUCUGUAGGUGGGCAGAUCCCGAACAACCUUGCGCUUCCGCUGCACAAGGCCGGCGUGAAGAUCUUGGGCACGCAUCCGACCAUGAUUGACAGCGCUGAAGACCGCUUCAAGUUCUCCAAAUUGAUGGACGAGGCUGGUGUGCCCCAGCCUGCGUGGAAGGAGCUGACAAACCACGCCGACGCUCGCACGUUUGCUGAGCGUGUGGGCUACCCCGUGCUCGUGCGUCCCUCGUACGUGCUAAGUGGCGCUGCGAUGAAUGUUGCAUACAACUUCGACGAGCUGCAAAACGUGCUGAACCAGGCUGUUGCCGUGUCUGCGGAGCACCCCGUCGUGAUCACGAAGUUUGUAGAGGGCGCCAAGGAGUUGGAGCUGGAUGCCGUGGCCAGGAAUGGCAAGGUGAUUGCAGCUGCAAUUUCGGAGCAUGUAGAGAACGCUGGUGUGCACAGCGGAGAUGCCACACUGGUGUUGCCUCCUGUGGAGGCGAGUGCGUUCUACACGAAUCAGAUCAAGCGCAACGCCGAGAAGAUCGCGAAGGCGUUGAACAUCUCUGGACCGUUCAACGCGCAGUUCCUAGCCAAGGGCGCUGAGGUCAGCGUGAUUGAGUGCAACCUGCGUGCCUCGCGUUCGUUCCCGUUCGUGUCGAAGACGACCGGUGCGGACUUUGUUAAUGCUGCCACCAAGGUGAUGGUGGGCGAGUCGACGGAUAACGACAACUUGCCUCCUCUUUACGGUCCCAAGCGUCCAGAGGGGUUUGUUGGCAUCAAGUCGCCGAUGUUCUCGUACACGCGUCUGGGUGGUGCUGAUCCGUUGCUUGGCGUCGAGAUGGCUUCAACGGGUGAAGUCGCUUGCUUUGGCAAAAACCGCCACGAGGCGUUCUUGAAGGCACUGAUCUCGUCGAACAUCAAGUUGCCGGAAAAGAAUAUUUUGCUGUCCAUGCAGGAGAAGUAUUCGGAAGAAUUCGUGCACGCCGCGUAUCAGAUGCACGAGUUGGGGUACAAUCUGUACACGACGAAGAAGACACACGCGUACCUGAAGAAGUACGACGUUCCGUCGACGAUGGUCGAUUUCCCGCUGGACGCUGACAGCGAGAACAACGUGUUGAACUUGAUUCGGGACGGCCAGAUUGACCUCGUGGUGAACCUGCCCAACAACGAGAGCCAGCAGACGGAAAACAACUACCUCAUCCGCCGUACGGCUGUAGACUUCUCCAUCCCGCUGCUGACGAACAUCAGCCUGGUGCAGCUUUUCGUGGAAGCCAUGGCUGUCCACAAGAAGCAGCCGCUGCUUGGUCUGGAGCCUGACAGUCUGUUUGACUACUAUGAGCGCGAGAAGAAGGACGAGGCGUGGACCCAUGAGCACGAGUUCCACUAA